CUACCAAGUAUGAUCUUAACUUGAGUAAAUGCAUCACAACUAUGGACUCCUUUUUAUGAAGUUUUUAAGAGCUGUGAUAUAUAUCCAACAUAGUUUUACACUCUUUGCGGAGCGAAGUCUCUUCCUCAAACUAAUCGUUUGAGCUACCACAACAUAAAAUACAACAUGGGUGCAAGUUUUAUAGUUUCAAAGUUUAAUUUCAUCAUUGUAUUAACGGCCAGAUUUAUGCUACUGUUUUAUUAGCUUACAUUGACAUAAACCAGUAGGAAGCUUAUCAUCUUCUACCGAAAUUUGCAUUUUUAAACUGCAAAGCAUUGAAUGGCUACACUGCCAGUGCAACCCGCUCAUUUUUGUGACGAGAACAAGUUAGCAACAGAAAGAAUAUAUAUAGUUUUAUAAACCAGAAUUUGCAUCUUAAUGUUCCCACUUUUAAGAGAAAAAAAGUUAUCUCGAAACAAAUUUUUUUAACCCUCUCUGGCCUUUCUCUUUUGAUGCGCUUACGAUAAACUAUUCAAUGCGAAAGUGAAUAAAAGAUAGAAAAUUAAUGGAAUACAUAUACAGACAUAGAAUUGUCUCUUUUCUGAAACUACACAUACACUAAAGUAAACGUCAUAGCUUAUAGGUAGGUUACAGUACAUAUAACUGUUCCUGUGUCCUAUAGAAAGUGAUGGUAUGGUAGGUAAAUCGUACUGGUUGAAUCUAUGAGAAUACAGAGUAAGAGAUCUUUUGAAAACUGAGUAAGAACAAAAAUCUUCAAUUCUCUGCAGUAGCAAUUCUAAGUUUUAUAGAAAAACAAACUGAGCAGAGCACUGAGUCACUGAUGACUACGCUUGCAUCUGUGCUCCAACUCCAACACAUCCGAAUGCGUAGAGCAAUGCAACUGCAGCCCAAUACCAUCAUUGACAAAGAGCUCCACUUGCAAUUUCUCUGAUGAACCGAUUUGUGCAUGGAUUCCUUUUGUAUUUGAGUUUUUUUCCGAAGGCAUAUACAAGCAAGAAGCCCAUACGUUUGCUGUUGGCUUCGUCAUCGGCUCCCAGCUCCCUCAUGUUGGUGAUAGUUCAGCUCAUGCUAUUGUGUCAUCAUCCUAGGAAAGUUUAAAGGCAGAAAACACUGCAUACUACCACCAAGAAAAUUCAUACCCUAGUUUGGCAUAUUGUUAACAAUUUAGUCUACGAGCGACUACGUGCAUGAAAGGUCGCGCUAUUUCGCAUCCCCGCAAAAUAAAUAAUUUUUGCCGCUUUUAUUGCUUCUAAAUAAAUAUUAUAAUAAUCCCGUUCUAAUCACAUAAAAGUUUGCGGGAUAUCAUUGCAUUUGGACGCACGCUUUUUACGUGAUAUUUUUCGAUUUUGUUUCGGGUCUUGUUUUUUUUUUAAUCAUACCUACUACAUUUUUCCUACUUUGAUCUUUUAUUCCAAUAAACAAAAGUGAUGUAAUAUAAUUAAAAGAAAAAGUUUAUUUGAAAAGAUAAAAAUAAAUAAAUUGGAGCUUCAUCACAAAAAAAAAAACACACACACAUCUGUGCACUGAGGAAUUAUUGCAGUCAGCUAUUAAAUAUUUUUUGGAGAAUCUUUUAAAUUUUCAGACGCUAUGCAAAAGUACUAAAUCAUAUUGUUCCAUUACCAUUAUUGCUGUACCUUACCUCCCUCUUAAGUUAUUUUGUUCAGCAACCAAUUAAUUAUUCCACGGAUGGUGUUAAGAAUCUUUUCCUUUACGUGUGCAUUUAGUUAUAACUUACGAGUGUACCUACUACUCAGAAAUAUUAAAAAUAAAUAGGCACAUUUUCUUGAGUGAAAGUACCAACUAAUGUACAUACCUACCUACAUGGAAAUAGAAUAAACUAUAUUAUAAUUUAAAUUAAGAGAGAAAAGAAAUCUUUACAAAAACAGAAAAAAACUUAAUAAAUUUGGAUACAAAACUACAAGAGUCUUCGUUAUUUAACAUAACAUAAACUUUUAACAAACACCAGGAACAAAAAGAAUUGAUUAAUGUGUAAUAUCUCAACGCUUUGUCUUUCAUCCCUCCCUAUAAAAAUAGUACACAAAAUUUACUCUUGAAACAAAUUUAAAAUUAAAUAAAAAAGAGCUUAACUUUAUAUAUCCCAGCUUUGCCAUUAUUAGCCAUAUUCAUAAGAAAUAAAAAAAAAAUAAAAACAUUUUUGUUCACUGUAUCAGCCAAUUUCCUGUCGCCUAAACCAGUAGAACUAUCUUAAAAACAAAUAUUUAUAACUAAAGUGAACUGAAGUGACUAUCGCUAAAAAGAAAACUUAGCAAAAGUGUCUUUGAAACACCGGUUAUCCUUAAAAUCGCUAAGUUCCGCUUUUGCUUUUUGCGUUAAAAUUGUGUUUCUGCUCAUCCCCUUAUAUACAUAGAUUGUAACACAAAAAUAUAAUCUUGGAUUAAAGAUUAAAUAUUGCCAUUUGAUUAUCCUCAAAACAAGGAUGAACUUUAAUUAAAUAAAACUUAACCGAAGUAUCUGAUUAAAUAACAAAAUAAAUAUUAUUCAAAUAAAUUAAAUCAACGAAUUGUUUAAAAAAAUAUUUACACGCAAAUAUUAAAUUUUGUUAACUACGGGAAACGUUUCUAGUCCUUUUAUUUUGCCAUACAGUUUUAAGUUCUCACUAAAAUUAAAAUUGUUUGUUUUAAUGUAAGAAAAAAAAAAACUCCCAUAAUCAUAAUUUACAUUAAUAACAGCAGUUAACUAAUCAAUAAAAACGAAUAUUUUUGCCUAAAGGAGAUUGCGUUAUCAAAGGGAUUGCGUUGAAAUCCAAAAACGAAGGAGUUUAACUAAAUAAACAUUAACUAAGGAAUUAUAUAGUACAUCGUCUUUUUACAUCGAUAACAAAUUUUGUGAUAUAUUUAAAAUAAAACAAAAAACUUAAAAUCUAUUUGAAAGAAUAUUUAAAAUUAACAAACAAAUUACUUUUUCUUGUUUUUUUUUCUGGGUGAAAUUAAUGGUUUUUGUAUAAAAUAAAAUUUCUAAACAAAAGUGAUCAAGUGUUCGUCGCUCAUCUAUUAUUUUCAAUAUAAAGAAAUCUAUAACAACAAGAAAAACAAUUUAAAUAAAUAAUAAAAUUUAAAAAAUGGCCGCAAUGGUAAACAUGAACAGUCUUUUAAAUGGCAAAGAUUCACGCUGGCUGCAAUUGGAGGUGUGCCGAGAAUUCCAGAGGAAUAAAUGUUCCAGACAAGAUACGGAAUGCAAGUUUGCGCACCCACCGGCUAACGUUGAAGUACAGAAUGGAAAAGUGACCGCUUGCUACGACAGUAUUAAGGGUCGCUGCAAUCGUGAUAAACCGCCAUGCAAAUACUUCCACCCCCCACAGCAUCUAAAGGAUCAGUUAUUAAUUAACGGAAGAAACCAUCUUGCCUUGAAAAACGCACUAAUGCAACAAAUGGGAAUUGCACCCGGACAGCCAGUUAUGCCUGGACAAGUUCCAACUGUGGCAACAAAUCCCUAUUUAACUGGUAUUCCAGCAAACACUUACAGUCCUUACUUCGCUCCUGGACACCUAGUGCCUACAAUAUUGGGACCAGAUCCAUCAGCCGUUGCAUCCCAAUUAGGUCCGGUUGUAUCACAAGCAGUUCCUGUUGCACAGCAAAAAAUUCCAAGAUCCGAUCGAUUAGAGGUUUGUCGCGAAUUUAUGCGCAGUGCCUGCAAGCGAGCUGAGUCCGAAUGCCGUUUUGCACAUCCACAGGAAAGCGUUACCACACAUGAAGACGGUUCUGUCACGGUUUGCAUGGAUGCCGUGAAAGGUAGAUGCGCUCGUGAUCCUUGCCGUUACUUCCACCCCCCUUUGCACCUGCAGGCACAAAUAAAAGCAGCGCAAUCUCGGGCUACUGCGACUGCACCUGUUUCUGCUGCUACUCUGACACAUCCCAUCCCAACGCCUGGGGCCGCACCUCCACCAAAUGCUGUUGCCAUUGGCCAUCCACUGGAAGUGGGCAAGAAACGUGCAGCUGAAAAUGAUAUGUUUCAACUGAUGGAUGUAAAAACGGUUGGUUCAUUUUACUAUGAAAAUUUCGCGUUUUCUGGUAUGGUUCCCUUUAAACGGCCUGCUGGCGAAAAAUCUGGUAUACCCGUGUAUCAGCCAGGUGCGACAACUUAUCAACAACUAAUGCAAUUACAACAACCAUUCGUACCAGUGUCAUGUGAGUACCAAAGUCAAAAUCCUUCAGCUACAACUGCAAUUCCACAACCACAAACAUCCACCACGGCAAAUCCAAUUAUCGCUAAUAAUACCAAUAAUCAUUCAAUGAUAAAUAACAACAGUUUUAUUUUAAAUAAUUUAAAUCAUUUGAAGAACAACAAUAAGAUAAGUCAAGUAAAUUUGAACAGUGUUCAUAAUAGUAUGGCUAGUAAUGGUAUGUUGAGUAUUAAUAAUUUAAACAAUAGUACAGUAAAUGUAUCAUCUUCAGCAAAUAUAUCCGACAUUGCAGCUACAAAAAUAAAUAACAGUAACAGUAGUAACGGUGUUGUCGUUAUCAAUACCAACAAUAACGUAUACUCUCUAAAAAAUAAUAAUAUUGGUAGUAACACUAGUGACUCUUCUCUAGUCAGCAAUUUAACUAACAAAUCAAUUUUAGAUACAGUCACAUCUACUAGUACAGCCACAACACAAGCACAGUCAUCUUCAAUUAACACACUCACUCCAUCAUUUUCAUCCACACCCCCUACAGUAUCCACAACACCAACUCUAUCAACUACUGAUACAUCACUGACAAACACCGUUAAUGUUUCGGGUGCAUUAUCAUCAUUAGGCAGUAGCAUCCCUGGCCAAAUGUUGUUGAGUACAUCGAACUUGACUACAGGCACACAAGCAGUAGAUGGGAAUGGUAUAGAUGCUUUUAAUGAGACCGUACUUCUUGAAAAUGCUAAUACUUUUCCUAACAAAGCUAGUAGCCCCAAUGCAACAAUCGCUUCCGAUUGUACCUCUACUGCAGCCACAGUAAAUUCUUCAUUGCCAUGUUCAAUGACAACCAGUAAUCCUACAACAACAUCUAGCAUGAUAAUGUCUACUGCUUUUUCAGCUCCUUCAGAACCACAGUUGAAGCUUAAUUUGUUGAAAAACGAACAAGCAAACAACAAUAUAAGUACAACGCUAACAGCUUCAUCAUCUGAUGUUUCAUUUUCGGCACCAGCGACCCCAAGUAUCUCUUAUUCGACAAAUUCUCAAAGUAGGUUAUACACUGCACCGCAUUCAUAUGCUAAUGUUAUAGUUUCACAUCACGGAUACACACCAGUAUCUUCAGUUGCUACGUCAGCAGUACCAAUAGCCUAUUCAACGGCACCUUCCGCAUACAACUAUGCUUCCUAUCCUACUCAAUCUUAUCCCAAUCAGUCCUAUCAAGCUCAAUGCUAUCCAACAAACAGUUACUAUGCAGAUGCUGCAACUAUAGCUAAAGAAGUUGCUCAAAAAAACUAUGCUAAUGCUGUUAAAAUGGCUGCUGCUUCCAAUGCUCUUUCGGGAAAACCUCUAUCGGCUGCCAUUAGUUAUACAGGUUUGCCUCUAAAUAAGACUUAUGUAGCGCAAACUCCUGGGGCUGCUGCUGUUGCUUUCAGUCAUCAUCAUCAACAGCAACAAGCUGUAGCUGCCGCAGCCGCUCAAGCUGCGCAGGUAGCUGGGCUUCGAUUAAGUUCUCAUACUGUUGGAAAUGCUCUUGGUGCUCCUCCAGUAUCGACGCCAAGCUUGCUCCCUAGACCACCAACUGGCUUUUUGCAAGCUUCGCCGAUGAUGCGUACUCAACCGAUGUCUAUGCCUGCAGCAGCAGCUUCAAACCCCUACGCAGCCGCAGCAGCUGCAGCAGCUGCUGCAAAUCAACAAUACUUACAGCAGCAACAGCAACACUUUUUCUAUCCCGGCAUGAUGGCAGGAUACCCUUACUCAAUAGCAACCUCCGGUGUCCCUGGUUUGGGAUCAGCAAGUGGAAUGCCUGGUAUGCCAUCUCAAAUGCAAGCUGCACAAAUGGCACAGAUGAAUCAGGCGGCAGCAGCAGCUGCUGCAGCUCAAGCAAGUGUUCAAGGCAGUGCAGUGGUCCUAAAUCCCUAUAAAAAAAUGAAAACAUCCUAAGAUGUUAUAAAACCAUCGAAUCUACUGUGUCCAGUACUUAGUCGAAGAGUAAACGUAUUCUCCCAAAUUCAAAAACUUAGAAUAGAUUAGAUUUAUAGAAUGAAUUAUGUGCCUAGUGGAAAAAUAUAAUAAACUAAUUUAGUUUUGAGGAUUUGUAAAUAUAACUCUAAAAGAGAACAUAAAAGUUUUAGGGAGAAAUAUUCUACGGCACUUUGCAGGUCAAAAUUUGCCUUUAAUUCUAAUUUAAUUAAAAUACAUGUUUACCUUACAAUUUUUUUCAAAUUUUUUUAAUUAAAAUAAUUUCUUUCCAAAGCAAUCAACCCAAUCGCGAUUUUUUCUUAAUCUUGGAUCAGGGUUUUUAUAGAAACAGUAACAGGAUUGUUUUCAAAUCUUAACUAAAUGCAUACUCCUACUCCUUACAUUUCCUAAUUACGUGCAAAGAUAUCAAGGAUUUCUCCCUACUUAGACUUUUUUGUUAUUGCUAUUUUGAUUGUGUACACAAUUAAAUAAAACAAAUAACUAACUAAUGGGAUAGCGAAGUACUGUGAUAGCUUCAACAACCAGAAUCUUGUCGCAUUGAGAAAACCAAUACUUGGAGUUUGCAAGUUCGUUCCUUUUUUCCGCCAUAUGAUGAAACAUCCUAACAAUACCUGCUAAAAUUUAUAAAUACUACGAACAAAUAAAUAGAAUAAUCACAAAUCAUGAUGAAAAAAAAAAAAAUAAAUAAAAUAGUAAUCUUUAGUAUCAUAUUUAAAAAUGUAGCUCAUCAGACAGAGCUAUAGGAUUUGAUUUUCGGUAUGAAUUGUUGAACGUCUCGUUUUCCUUGCCCUAAUAUUAAUUAAAUUUAUUUUUAUUUUUUCAUUUAUAAUAUAUAUUUAUAUAUAAAUGUGUUCAUAUAUAUAAAUGUAUACUUAUAUAUAUAUGUGUUUAUAUUUGUAUUUACAUGUAAACAUAUAACAAUAUAUGAAAAUUUUAAGUAUAUUUCUAGGUUUGUAAGAAUUUAAUAAGAAUUAAGUGUAGAAAACUAAUU